AUGACGGACGCAUCGAAUUUACCGGGUGCCUCGACGGGCCAGAGGGCGAUGUCAAGGAUGCUGCGGCAGCGGGCCCAGGAGUUUCUCGCCUCGCGGAAGCAUGCGAACAACCUGUUGGAGAUAAUCAGCCACUGGGACGAAGCUACUUCUUCGUGCCUGCUCACGAUAGAAACGAUAUUCGUUGAAGUGUUGAAGCGCGGCGAUAUGUAUAUGGAGCGUACGAUAGCCCUUACUAUUUCGGAACCUAGUCCAGAAUCUCGCUAUACCACUUGGCUAAGAAAUUGCUACGAGGAAGUUUGGAAGAAAGUACUAGCAUCUAUGGAGAAGAGUCGAUUGGUUAUUCAAUUGCAAGCCCUUACCACUGCAAUGAAGCUAAUGGCUGAAGAGGGUCAAGCUCUGAUGGAGCCGCGUGAUAAUCCAGGAUAUCACUUUCCUCUACACCGUUUAAAACCUAUCCUCAUGAUUCUACUGUCUCCUGAAAAGGACAAUACUAAUUUAAUAUCGAGAUUCCAAGAGAUCACCAGCUGUCCUGACGUUUUGUAUUAUACAUGGAGAUGUCUACCUUCUCUUACCCCUAAAAGACAACCGAAGGAAGUUUAUAUAAAGAAUCUUUUGGAACUUAUAGACAAAAUACCACUGCCAAAAGAAGAAGAAGCAUCCAAAGUGUCGGAACAUAAGGAACUUUUGUGUGGACCGCAACAAGAUGCUGCAUUUACGUGGGAUCAAUCCAAUGUUAAACGCGCAUUAAACAAAGUCUGGGCUUGCAUUAUGCAUUGGGAAUUAACGCCGCAGUUGCACAAACAGUUGCUAAUAGUUUUGUUGGAACGAGUCAUGUCGCAUUUAGAAAAACCGAUAUUAUUAACCGACUUUUUGAUGGAUUCCCUAGACGCGGACGGCCCUGUUGGAGUGCUUGCAUUGCAAGGCGUAUUCAUACUUGUCACCAAACACAAUUUAGAAUAUCCAAAUAUUUUUACCAAGUUGUAUUCGAUGUUCGAGCCUGAGAUCUUCCAUACGAAAUAUAAGGCUCGUCUGUUCUACUUAUCCGAUCUAUUUCUCAGUUCUACACAUCUACCAGAAGCAUUAGUAGCAGCAUUCGCAAAGCGACUCGCACGUCUAACAUUAGUCGCACCACCGGAGGAUAUUUUGAUAAUUCUGCUUUUCGUGGGUAAUCUGUUACUUCGACAUCCAGGAUUAAAGAGGCUGAUAGAUCACCCGCAGGGUGGCGAGGCCCCCUCGAAUGCGAGCACCGGAGCCGGCGAUCCAUUUCUCAUGGAAGACGAGAGCAACGCAUUGCUGAGCAGUCUCUGGGAGAUCCGGGCAUUGCAGUGGCAUAUUUUACCCAGCAUCGCUAGCGCUGCGCGUUUCAUUCGUGAGCCACUGCCCUCGGUUGAGUAUGACAUGGCAUCGGCAUUAGAACGCACUGGAGGUCAUCUCUUUGAAAGCGAACUGAAGAACAAAGUCAAAGAAAUCAUGCUGACAUUCGAAAGACCAAGCUCUAUGGCACUGCCGAAAGGAGAGAAAUUAUUGCAAUAUUGGCAGCUCGCUCAUUGAUCCUGUACACGGCGUGAUCGCGACGCCGAGAAUGCAAUAUAUCGUGAGAAAAGGAUCGUCAUUGAAAUUCGUUGAUGUUGCAGGUGAAAAAUAAAGACUUUUUGUGUUUUAUAUGGCAUAUUUACAAGAAAAACAAUACAGCAUAUUUUUCUGUGGCGUUGAACAUCUAUGUUUGAAAUAUUUCAAUAAGUUCGUGCAUAAUUCAUUGAUCAUGAUACAAACAAGAAAAAAAUGCACACUCGCUUUUUGUUGUUUAUCUAUCUCAGUUAUAUGUAAAUUGAUAGCUUAUGUAUCUUGCAUAAAUUGUGUAUAAGUGCGCAACACUGAUUA